ACCGCCCCAGUCGUCGUUCAACUCGCAAAGCGCCACAGGGAAACAAGGGAAAGAGAAUGGAUGACACAGAGCAGCUUCGUUAACGCGUGGCUCAGAUGUUUCAAAAUGGGCGGACUAAGGAUAUUGUGAAAUUUCUUUCCUCCGAAGAAACCAUAGCGGAGAUGAAUGAUGAAACCGUAGCUGCAUUAAGAGAUAAGCAUCCCCAGCGGUCGAUCGAUGAGAUUUUUCCCACUCUUGCCCCAGUGCCACCAGCAGUACCGCGUGUUUCUCCUACUGAGUUACUGGACGCCGUUUUUAAUAUGCCUGCUGGCUCUGCGGGAGGGUUCACGGGAAUGAAGCCGCAGCACUUAAAAGACUUGUUGAAUCGCCGGGACGAUGUGGAAAGUGAGCUGUGUCUGGCGAUGACGAGUCUAAUGGACAUUGUACUCAAUGGCAAAGUUCCAACUGAAGUGCGACCAUUUUUGUUUGGUGCUAAUUUAAUCCCUUUAAAAAAACCUACGGGAGGAAUCCGCCCCAUCGCAGUUGGCGGAGAAAUGCCGGUUUUACCGAUCGAAAGUUGCCGAUCGACGCCAGCGAUUGAACCUGUCGAUGAUAAACGGCCAGUCAACGCGGCAGAUACAGUGAUGGAGAGAAUGAACCGUUUAAAAAUCGAAAGCCCACCUUCGGUUGCGGACAAGUGGAGUUUGUCUGGUGUGCGGGAAACGAGCGCGGAAUAUGGCCGACCAUCUGGAGACGAUGCACACCGAUGAGGAUAUUCAAGCUCUGGAUGAUGUAUGCUUCUUCUGCCAAAGGAAGUUUGAAAGUCGGUCGCUGUUGCUUCAGCACCUCAGAAUAGUUCAUAACGAAACGUCUGUCGUGCCCGAUAAAGCCAGUCAAGCGGCCGCUAUGGAUUUUAUGUGCCAGACCGGAUUUCUCAACUACCGUUGUUCCAUAUGUCCAGGCGUGUUUCCGAACGAAACGCUCCUGAAUAAGCAUAGCUUUGAGCAUAAUCCGGACCACCGGAAUCAACAUCAACGCAAAUGCUCAGAAUGCCCGUUUGCGGCGAGGAGUUUUGCCGACCUGCUCAAGCAAUCGCAGCACGCUUUGUGGCACAGCAGCAUGGCACACACGCAACAGCAUCCGUGUCGGCCAUCUGUGUCCGUGUCCGAAAUUUUUUUAUCAUCAUUGCCGGGACACAGCAAAUUAUUGAUCCCUCUCGGUCGACGCCUCAGGGCGGCUGUCUUGGUUCAAAGCCAAUUUUGUAUCCUUCUCCGGAUGGCAGUUUGGAGCUAUUUGAGUCAGCAGCUGGAUUCGUAAUUAAGUAUUUUCGGAUGACACCGCACGACUACGUACUGCGUAGGCCGUAGCUAUCGGAUCGCCUGUGUUUUUGGAUCUGUUUCAGUGUUUAGAGAUUUCAGACACCAUGAAAAUGUUCAAACCAACAUAAGCGAAAACAACUGACGAUUAAGAUGAUUUUACGACAUUCGAGAACCUAGCAAAUACAGAGACCGACAGAAAAAACUACAAACAAGCAGCCAGAAUCCACAGGUGCCACACCAACGAGCUCGCUGGUUAAGGGCCAAACGCAGAGCGUUGUAAGGGCAAGCCCCCAGAUUGCUUCGGGCGUAACAACAGAAAAAUCCGACCGCAAACAUCCGCGCUUCCUCCAUCCGUAUCCAGAGCCUGGGAGAUCCACGUUCGUUCCACGAUACCCCAACGACAUGAACAAUGAAAUGAAACGAUCCAACGCGCAGUGAGAGUUCCAGAAGUCAACAAGGCUCCACAGCACAGAUCCACGUUCUUCGGGCGCAUUUACCAUAAAAGCAGGAUUUAGGGGUUUACCGAUUGCCGCGCUGACGAGAUCACUGGUUAAAAGGGCCAAACGCGAAGCGUUAUAAGGGCAAGCCCCCAGAUCACUCGAAGCACAACAUUCAGACGCCCCAGAAUGUCCCCUCACAGCGCAUGCAGUCGCUCCCGCAGCACAGGCUCCAGCGUCCUGACGACUCCAUUAGAUAGGCAAGAAUGGGUUCCGACGUAUGACUCGAGCAGUAUGAAGGUAAGUAAGGAAUAAUGAGAGGAAUAAAAGUCACGAAAAGAUGCUGCGAGAACCGAAGGCAGUUCGUACACUGGAGAGUGUAUCUGUAGUUCCUAUGAACAACUUGUCCCUGCCAAUCUGGUUCGAACCAGAAAUGGCAGGGCUCACUAUUUAUCCACAAAAAUUCCCAAGAAGAAAUCGAAAAACACAAAAGGGUUACUCUAGACGAAGUUGUCUAGAGAAGACUUUAAAAGAACUCCUUAUGGCGACCCGGCAUAUAUCUACGUUAGAGAUUUUGAAUCUGAUAAAUUGUUCCGAAGCUUGGGACAACGGUUCGGAAUUCGUUAAGUUGUUUUAUUUGCAUUGUAACCUGUCUUGACUCGAUAAAAUUCACAUUGUCUGACGUUAUCGACUGUCUGGAAUUCUCAUCAAUGCAUUCUUCGCAGCGCUGCGAACCCUUGGAGCAAAUUUUUUGCAAGCAGUGUCAGAAAUGGACAGAUCUUCCCUGUUUUCCCCAUGCCAGACGCGUUCGAGACGCACCUGUGUUCCCGUAUUCCGUGGCCAGUCUCCCGCAGAUUUUGUAUUUCGAUGUACCUCAGCAUGGCCAGGCUGAUAAAGCCGUUUACGCCAGAGAAACCAUUCCGCCCCUGACAGUUUUCGGGCCAUUAAUCGGCGUGCUAAGUGCAAAGGAACCGGUGAAUGCUGCAUUUGCCUGCGGAAAUGCAUCCAACAGGGACUGCGUUAUUUCCAGCUGGAGUCGGAUCAGACGUCCAACUGGAUGAAAUUCGUCCGAUUUGCAGAAUCUCCGGCAAAGCAGAAUUUAGCUGCAUACGAAGUGCCAGAAGCGUCUUUACCGCUGUCAGCUCCGAAUGCGGUCUCCCCUACGCAAACGCACGUGAUAUUCGUUACGACGAAACAAAUUCCGCCGGGCGCGGAACUGAAGGUGGCCUACUCCCUGACUUAUUCCCGAGCGAUCGGUUGUCCCGUUUGGCAAAAUGCUCCACAGACCGACUGGGAGAUAGUGGAUGAUAAUCAUAUCGCUCUCAGUGAUAGUCCAGAUUCUUCGUCCAUUUUCUUCCUACUCGUGGGACCACACCUUCAGCCCAGUUUAGUGCAGUGCACUGCGACGGGCGCAAGUGACGAACCGCAUCCGGAUUCGGUGCGGAACGUUAAGAAACGACGUCGAAGACAUGGUGACUAUAGACCGCGGUCUGCAUCUGUGGAGAACGGUGUUCUCGUCACAGAUAAAGAGAACCAUACCGGUCCGGCGUUCAUGAACUCAGAUGUCAGUGCGCAAAAGCGCAUAAAGCGAUCUGACGAAUCCAUGGAUAUGCCCAAUUUCUUGCCGCCUGAUGAUGAUCCCGUUGAGAAUUUGCCAGAGGAUGCGCCAGGUGUUAUUUGUGGACUGUCGGACGAACUUUCGGACGUUGCAUUUGGACCGGAAGUUAGCUUGGAGUGUGGUUAUGAGAGCAACCAUGGAAUAGAGGAAGAAAAGUGCGAACUGAAAGCGCUAAGUGACAACUAUGGAGCGAGCCAGGACACCGAAGCUGCAUUACAACAAUGUCCCGUUAAUAUGUCCGACACAUUGAUGGAGAGAAUGGACAGUUUAAAAUCCAAAGCCCAUCUUGGAUUGCACAAAACCGGAGUGUGUUUGGUCUGCGGCGAACGAGUGGAGAAUCUGCCUGACCAUCUGGAUACGAAGCACACCGAUGAAGACAUUCAAGCUGUGGAUGAUGCAUGUUUCAUCUGUUACCGGAAGUUCAAAAACCGCUCGACAGUGAGCCACCAUUUCAAGCUUGUUCACCGCGCAGCGGCGAUCGUGCCCGAUGCAGCCAGUCAAGCGGCCGCUCUGGAAUUUAUGUGCCGAACGGGAUUUUUAAAUUACCGCUGCUCCGAAUGCCGAGUCGUGUUUCCCAGUAAGAAGCUUCUGGAUGUGCACAGCUUUGAGCAUAAUUCAGACCACACUAAUCAGCAGCAGCGCCGCUGCUCCGAAUGCCCGUUUCUGGCGACUAGUUUCGCCGCUCUCGUCGAUCACACUUCGCAGCAUGCUCUGCCGGCAAAACUCAAACAUUAUCCGUGCUUACUCUGCGGUGUCGCUGCACGGACCGGGGCACGCAUAUAUAUGUACAGAAACCAUCCUGAAGCGAUGAAGCUGAUCACGGAAGCAUGGGCGUUCCAGUGUCCGGAAUGCCGGGAGAAAUUCGCCGAGAAUUUCGAUCUGAACUCGCACGUGUGGGCGGCUCACAAAGGUUGGCAGUGUGUGUACUGCGGAUACCGUGGACCCCGGGGGUGGUUGGCUUUCGACGAACACAUCACAACGCAUCAGAUGGACAAUUUUGUUUCCUUGCCUGGUUUGUGA